UGUGCUAGAAGUGUGUAUGCAGUUGAGUCCUGAGCUAGCCUCAUGGGCCUGGGUUCAGGGUCAGUUCCUUCUCUGUAAAGAAGGAGAGCACUGCCUAGAGUUUUUUUGAUUACUCUGUGCAGUGAUGAGGAAGCUUCUAAGUGUGCAGCUGCUGCUGAUAAUGGUGUGAGUGUUGCAGAUCACCUGGAUGGUAUUGUGGUAACGUUGUUUCCACCAUGGUGAAGCAUUAGAACUUCUGGAGCCUACUUAAUCAGAGACUGUUGAGGAGCAGAGGGGGAGACUGCUCCCAUGAAUGCUGUGCAGGUGUGUCACUACACAGAGGUGUCUAUCUGAGACAAUGGGGCAAGUGGCCUACUUAAGAGAGAGUGCUAGUGAAGAUGACAUGUACAGUACACCUGUGGGUGAUAUUGAAAAGAUGAGUGGUUCUCUUACAUUCUCUGUUUUAUUUCACAACGUCGUUAAAUAUAAUGUGCUUUGUGUGCUGUUAUCUAGGCUUCUUUUUCAAUCUAUAUAAUGGGAACGUGUUUCUACCAUAAAUUCAAGCUUAAUUGGGUAGAAGUUAUUUUGCAGGUUUAGUUUACUUUUGUUAAGCUUUUCAUUUAUUUUCUUUCUUUGAGAAUGAUACAAAAUAGCUUUUGCAGACUGCACAGCAAAAAAAAAAAAAAAUAAUUAAAAAAUAAAUGAAAGCUUGGCUUAUGAAUUUUUUCCCCUCCAAAACAGCCCCCUUCCGCGUUUGAAGUACUGCUUCUAGUAGCUGCUGCAGAUUUGCUCUAUGUAGAUGCAGCAGGACAAAUACAUUCCUACAUGUGUGAAAAAAAUGCAGACUAUAUUCUUGUUCUUCUCAGAGGUUAUGGUGUAUAUAUACUUUAACUGGGCCAAGGAAACUACUUAAUAAAUCUCCAAAUAAUGCCAAUGUAAACAGGUUAUUUUUGAAUGGAAGAUAUGUCCGGGAUUCCAGGACAAGGAGAAUGCUGUGUGCAUUGAAUUCUACUACUUGUGUGCACUUGUUUUUUCUUUCUUUUUUUAAUUUGGAGUUACCAUGAAGCUUUUGUGGGUGGAGACAUGCUUACUUCUUUACCAUCACUCCCACCAAUUUAAUCUGGGAGGGAAGUAAGUGACAAAGAAUGAAAGGAAGUUGUAGUGGAUCCAAAAACUGAUCCUUGAAAGAAGCAUUCAAAUUGUUUGAGUUUACUUAUUAUCUGUUGCAAUAUGUCUGAUCUCUUGUGUUCGCUGUUCCUGUCAAAUCUGCAGUUUAGUUAAAGCAUGAGUCCAUGAUGUAUGCUAUGUUUUACUUUUCACAUUGGCAUUGUACUCAUAUCCCUUUAUUCAAGUUUUUGUUAGUAGCUUUGGAUUUCUUUUAUUUGUGCAAGGCUUACAACUUAAUACAACAUAUAACUUUGUUAUAAAGAAAGGGUCAACUAUAAAAAAUAAAAUCAGUUACAAAUAUAGAGAAGGGCUGGCCAUGUACUGCUGUGAGCAGUUUACCAACUGAGGCACAAAUUACACUUGACUGCUUGAGCAUAAACUGAUUGCGAAUCCCUGCAACAACAGUGUAGUCUUCUGAUGUGAAUUCUGUAGCAGUUCCCAAAACAGAGGUAGGAGAACUCCAAGUGGAAUUGAAGUCCAGAUGAAAUCCAGUUGAAAAAGUCAACAGCUGUGGGACUGACAAUCCAGAAAGAGCAGUUACUAGCAACUACUGAAAUAGAAAAUGUACUGCAUUGUUGUCAUAAAAACACUUUGCCACAGUAUACUCUGCUGUGGUAAGUCCUAUUGUGGGAACAGAAAGUAACCAAAGAACGAGUAUGUCAUAGAUUUUGAACUAGAAUAUAACUGAGUGUUUUCAUGUGAUUUGAAGAUCACAAUUUAUUGCACUGCUGGAAGCUGUGCCUCCAAAAACAUCCUCCAGUGCAGAAGAUCAUGUGCCCUUGUUCUUGUUGAUUUAACUGCCACCCAGCUUGCUUUGGAGGACUAACUUUUUUGUAGGGUUGACAAGAACCCAUUGAUUCUCUUAAUUCAUUCUUUAUCUCCCAUUUCUGAGGGUAGAUGAUGAGCUGUUCUCAUGCUCCUGACAUUUCUAGAAUAGAAUCGGAGAAUGGCCUGGGUUGGAAGGGAUCUCAAGGAUCAUGAAUCUCCAACCCCCCUGCCACAGGCAGGGCCACCAACCUCCCCAUUUAAUACCAGACCAGGCUGCCCAGGGCCCCAGGCUGCUCUGGGCGAUUUUGUGAACUGAACAGACAAUUUUGUGAAUGUGUUCUUGUGUUAUCAAUACAAAUCACCGUUAGUGAUGAAGUUGGCUGCAAGCCUGCAUCGAUUCAGGUACUUGGCUGCAUUUUGUAUUUAGUUCUGUAGCGAAUGCGAAAGUUCUAGCUGACCUGCACUUCUGUCCCUCUUGCCUUGCUGCUGAGAAUCUCUGCAGAUUUUAAUUGUUCACAUUUUGCUGCUAUUUACUUUGGAAGAUAAAAUAUUUACAGAAUUAUUAUGAAACUUUUGUUCAUUUAAAAAUAUUCCUGGUCAGUAUGACCGGAGCUGAAAAGGACACAUUGAUCCUGUGACUUCAAUAAAUACAUAGAUUCCGUAUAUUGUUUCUCAGUAGCCUGUUAAAUCAUGCGUGUCGGUGCACAUAUGAAUACAUAAAUAGCAAAGGUUUAUCUAGCUUAGUCUCUGGCCUACAGAAAUGGCCAUAAACCAAAGCUGAGGGAAGAGGGAGAGCACAGUCAAUGUAGGUGACACUGACUGCUAAUUGGGUUAUUAUCAGCUAGAUAACAACUUGGGUCAGAUGCCAGGUCAGCAUAACCUGGGCGAAACCAAUCUCAUCUGUGGCAGGACCAUGUACCAGCAGCCAGCCAUGACCCAAUCUAGGAAAGCAAGUAACACAUCUAUUUUAAAUUUAUUGUAAAUGCUGAAGUAGGAGUGUUUUACGGUGAAACAUUGAAACUUCUGCUCAAUCAAAGGUUUUUUUAUCAGAGAUGCCAAAGUAAUACUUGAUUUUCUUUACUCCCUGUGAAGAGAAGUUAUGAUUGCAGAAAGAGAAGUGUUUACAUAAACUGAUAAAAAACUUGAGAAUUCAGCAGAAAACAGCCACGUGUUCCUGAACAUUCUUCCAUAAAAGUCUCGCCGUGCCUGGCAGAGCCCUAUUCACCUUCGCUAUGAGGGGGAUCAUACUAGCACUAGUGCUCACCCUUGUGGGCAGCCAGAAGUUAGACAUUGACCCAGGAUUCAGUAGCAGGAAGAGUUACCUGUACAGCUAUGAAGGUUUUAUGUUGAAUGGGCUUCAAGAAAGAAGUUUGGGCAAAGCUGGUGUGCGCUUGAGCAGCAAGCUAGAGAUCAGCGGGCUAUCAGAGAAUGCUUACCUCCUCAAGGUCCGUUCUCCACAAGUGGAGGAAUACAAUGGGGUCUGGCCCAGGGAUCCCUUCACUCGAUCUUCCAAAAUCACCCAAGCGGUCUCAUCAUGUUUCACCCGGCCCUUCAAAUUUGAAUACAGCAGUGGACGGGUUGGAAGCAUUUAUGCCCCAGAAGACUGCCCAGAUCUGUGUGUUAACAUAGUGAGAGGAAUACUGAACAUGUUGCAGAUAACCAUUAAAAAAUCACAGAACGUCUAUGAAUUACAAGAGGCUGGAAUUGGAGGUGUUUGCCACACAAGGUACGUCAUCCAGGAAGACAGAAAGAAUAGCCGAGUAUCUGUUACCAAAACUGUGGACUCAAAUAAUUGCCAGGAAAAGGUGCAAAAAAGUGUUGGGAUGGCUUACAUCUAUCCCUGCCCCGUGGACAUGAUGAAGGAAAGGCUCACCAAAGGGACUGCUGCUUUCUCCUACAAGCUGAAGCAGUCAGACAGCGGCACGCUGAUCACAGAGGUUGCAUCUCAGCAGGUGUAUCAGAUCUCCCCAUUCAGUGAGCCCACUGGGGUGGCUGUCAUGGAAGCAAGACAGCAGCUCACCUUGCUGGAGGUGAGAAGUGAGCGGGGCAGUGCCCCAGACAUCCCCAUGCAGAGCUAUGGCAGCCUUCGCUACCACUUCCCAGCUGUACUGCCACAGAUGCCACUUCAGCUGAUCAAGACAAAAAACCCUGAGCAACGGAUAGUAGAAACACUGCAGCACAUAGUCCUGAAUAACCAACAAGAUUUCCAUGACGAUGUUGCAUACAGAUUCUUAGAGCUGGUCCAGCUUUGCCGGAUAGCAAGUGUUGACACUCUUGAGUCUGUCUGGAGACAAGUUUCAGAUAAACCUCGUUACAGGCGAUGGCUCCUGAGUGCAGUUUCUGUGAGUGGCACCACCGAAGCAUUAAAAUUCCUGAAGACCAGAAUUCGCAAUGAUGACCUCAACUACAUUCAGACCCUUCUAACUGUUUCUUUGACUCUCCAUUUGAUGAAAGCUGAUGAACACACACUUCCACUAGCAGCAGAUUUAAUGACCAGCUCUCGAAUUCAGAAAAAUCCUAUGCUUCAGCAAGUGGCCUGCUUGGGAUAUAGUUCUGUAGUCAACAGAUACUGUUCUCAGACCUCAGCAUGUCCUAAAGAAGCUCUUCAGCCCAUCCAUGACCUUGCAGAUGAAGCAAUCAGCAGGGGCCGUGAAGACAAAAUGAAAUUAGCUCUGAAGUGCAUUGGCAACAUGGGAGAACCAGCCAGCUUAAAGCGUAUCCUGAAGUUCCUUCCAAUAUCUUCAUCCAGUGCUUCUGAUAUCCCAAUCCACAUUCAGAUAGAUGCCAUCAUGGCCUUGAGAAAGAUAGCUUGGAAGGAUCCCAAAACAGUGCAGGGCUAUCUCAUUCAGAUCCUUGCAGACCAGUCGCUUCCCCCUGAGGUGCGAAUGAUGGCUUGUGCUGUUAUCUUUGAGACAAGGCCUGCCCUUGCUUUGAUCACGACGAUAGCUAACGUGGCAAUGAAGGAAAGCAAUUUGCAAGUGGCCAGUUUUGUAUAUUCCCACAUGAAGUCUUUGUCAAAGAGCAGAUUGCCAUUUAUGUACAACAUAUCUUCAGCUUGCAACAUUGCCCUUAAGCUGCUAGCUCCCAAACUGGACAGGCUGAGCUAUCGGUACAGCAAGGUCAUUCGAGCAGGCAGUUACUUUGAUAACUAUAGAGUUGGUGCUGCUGGAGAAAUCUUUGUUAUGAACAGUCCAGGAACUAUGUUCCCAUCAGCAAUAAUUUCCAAAUUGAUGGCAAAUUCUGCAGGUUCAGUGGCUGAUCUGAUAGAGGUUGGCAUCCGAGCGGAAGGCCUCACAGAUGUCAUAAUGAAAAGAAACAUCCCGUUUGCUGAAUAUCCCACAUACAAGAAGAUAAAGGAGCUUGGAAAAGCUCUGCUGGGAUGGAAAGAGCUGCCAACAGAAACGCCCUUGAUAUCAGCCUACUUGAAAAUACUUGGACAAGAAGUGGCCUUCGUCAACAUCAACAAGGAAGUCUUGCAACAGGCCAUGAAGACUGUAGUGGAACCUGCUGAUCGAAACACGGCAAUGAAGAGAAUCACCAGCCAGAUCCGCAACGGCAUUGCAGGGCAGUGGACGCAGCCAGUGUGGAUGGGAGAGCUGCGAUACGUGGUUCCCAGCUGCCUCGGACUGCCGCUGGAGUACGGGUCCUACACCACUGCCCUGGCACGAGCUGCAGUCAGCGUUGAUGGAAAGAUGACUCCACCUUUAACUGGAGACUUUAGACUUUCUCAGUUGCUUGAAUCCACCAUGCAGAUUCGGUCUGACUUAAACCCCAGUUUAUACAUGCAUACAGUUGCAACGAUGGGUGUCAACACAGAAUACUUUCAACAUGCUGUUGAAAUUCAAGGCGAGGUCCAGACAAGAAUGCCAAUGAAGUUUGAUGCCAAGAUAGAUGUGAAAUUGAAAAAUAUUAAGAUUGAAACAAACCCAUGCCGUGAGGAAACUGAGAUAGUGGUUGGAAGACAUAAAGCUUUUGCUGUAUCAAGGAACAUAGGAGAACUAGGUGCUGAAAAGAGGACCUCAAUUCUUCCGGGAGAUGCUCCAUUAAAAAUUAUGGAAGAACCUUUCCAAACAUCACAGAGGGCUUCCGGGGAACAUUUAACAAUGCAAGAGCCUGACAGCAUGCCAAGGAAACAGUCCCAUGGUUCUCAAGAAGAUCUUCACCAUAGCACAGGAAAAAGAACGCAUAAACGAGAUGUUUGCCUCAAAAUGCAUCGUCUUGGCUGCCAGCUCUGCUUUUCCAGAAGGUCGAGAGAUGCCAGUUUCAUAAAGAAUACAUAUUUGCACAGAUUAAUUGGAGAACAUGAAGCUAAAAUAGUUUUGAUGCCAGUUCCUACAGAUGCUGAUAUUGACAAAAUUCAGCUGGAGAUUCAGGCAGGAUCUAGAGCAGCUUCCAAAAUAAUUAAUGAGGUAAACUCAGAGUCUGAGGAAGAGGAUGAAUCAUCUCCAUAUGAGGACAUUCAAGCUAAACUGAAGAGGAUUCUAGGCAUUGAAAAUGUGUUCAAGGUUGCAAACAAAACACGGCACCCGAAAAGUCGGCCAUCUAAGAAAGGAAACGCUAUGCUAGCAGAGCUUGGGACAGAGCCCAAUGCAAAAACUUCCUCCAGCUCAUCUUCUGCCUCCUCAACUGCCACCUCUUCUUCCUCAUCUUCUGCCUCCUCCCCUAAUCGUAAAAAGCCUAUGGAUGAAGAGGAGAAUGAUCAAGUAAAGCAAGCUAGAAACAAAGAUGCAAGCAGCAGCAGCAGCAGCAAGAGCAGUGACAGCAGUAGCAGCAGCAGCAGUAGCAGCAGCAGUAGCAGCAGCAAGAGCAGUGACAGCAGUAGCAGCAAGAGCAGCAGUAGCAGUAGCAGCAGCAAGAGCAGCAGCAGCAGCAGCGGUAGCAGUAGUAGGAGCAGUAGGAGCAGUAGCAGCAGCAGCAAGACAAGGAGUCGCCACAGCCAUCAAUCAGGGCAUCUAAGUGACAGCAGCAGCAGCAGCAGGUCAGUGAGUCACCACAGCCAUGAGCAUCACUCAGGACAUCUGGAAGAUCACAGCAGUAGCAGCAGCAGCAGCAGCAUGCAUUCCAAAAUAUGGGGGCGUCAUGAGAUUUAUCAGUAUCGCUUUAGAUCAGCACACAGACAAGAGUUCCCCAAAAGAAAACUCCCAGGUGACAGAGUUACCAGCAGAGACUCCUCUACCAGAUCCAGCCGUGACACAUCCCGAGCUGCUUCCUGGCCUAAGUUUCUGGGUGACAUCAAAACCCCAGUGUUGGCUGCUUUUCUCCAUGGCAUUAGUAACAAUAAGAAGACAGGAGGCCUCCAGCUUGUUCUAUACGCUGAUACCGACUCUGUCAGGCCGCGGAUGCAGGUAUUUGUGACAAACCUCACAGAUUCAAGCAAGUGGAAGCUCUGUGCAGAUGCUUCGGUCCUCAAUGCUCACAAGGCAGUGGCUUACCUGAAAUGGGGCCGGAAUUGCCGGGACUACAGAGUUUCUACUGAGCUGGUAACUGGACGGUUUGCUGGGCACCCUGCUGCACAAGUGAAGCUGGAGUGGCCCAAGGUUCCUUCGAGUGUCAGAUCGAUGGUUGAAUGGUUUUACAAGUUUGUCCCCGGGGCUGCAUUUAUGCUGGGUUUCUCUGAGAGAAUGGGCAAGAAUCCUUCUCGACAAGCCAGGAUGGUCGUGGCUCUAACUUCUCCGAGGACAUGUGAUAUUGUUGUCAAGCUGCCUGAUAUGACCCUCUAUCAAGAAGCCAUGAGGCUUCCUCUAUCGCUUCCUGUGGGUCCGAGGAUCCCAGCUUCAGAGCUGCAGCCUCCAAUCUGGAAUGUCUUUGCUGAAGCCCCCUCUGCAGUGCUCGAGAAUUUGAAAGCUCGCUGCUCAGUUUCGCACAACAAGAUCACAACCUUUAAUGAAGUCAAGUUCAACUACUCAAUGCCAGCAAGCUGCUAUCACAUCUUUGCUCAGGAUUGCAGCUCUGACCUUAAGUUCCUGGUGAUGAUGAAAAGUGCUGAAGAAGCUACAAACCUUAAAGCCAUCAACAUCAAGAUUGGCAGUCACGAAAUUGACAUGCAUCCUGUGAAUGGACAGGUGAAACUGCUGGUGGACGGGGCCGAGAGCCCCACAGCCAACAUUUCCCUCAUAUCUGCUGGUGCUUCUCUGUGGAUUCACAAUGAAAAGCAAGGGCUUGUACUUGUUGCCCCAGCCUUUGGUAUUGAUAAAUUGUACUUCGAUGGACAAACAUUCUCGAUUCAAGUUGCUUUAUGGAUGGCAGGGAAAACAUGUGGAAUCUGUGGAAAAUAUGAUGCAGAAUGUGAACAGGAGUAUCGGAUGCCCAAUGGAUAUCUAGCAAAAGAUGCUGUGAGCUUUGGUCAUUCUUGGAUCUUGGAAGAAGCGCCCUGUAAAGGAACUUGUAAACUGCAUCGCUCAUUCGUGAAGCUUGAGAAGACGGUUCAGCUUGCGGGUGUUGAUUCCAAGUGCUACUCUACAGAGCCUGUGCUGCGCUGUAUGAAGGGAUGCUCAGCUACCAAGACAACUCCAGUCACUGUUGGUUUCCACUGCCUCCCAGCUGAUUCAGCUACGAGCCUGGCUGACAAACAGAUGAAGUUCGACCAGAAGUCAGAGGACAUGCAGGAUACUGUUGAUGCACACACAGCAUGUUCAUGUGAGAAUGAAGAAUGCAGUACAUGAAGCCGUACAUUGCAGCACUGGAGAAUACAGAAACAUUUUAGUUUUUAUUGUGUUGUGUAAGAAGACUCAUCUCAAGAAGCAAUGGAAACGUUAAAUUAAAUGCUUAAAGAUGUGUGGAAUUUUCACAAGUAAUUUAAAGUAUUAAACUUUAUUAUUGUAGAAACUAUUCUAAUUGCCUAUAACUAUUUGA